AUGGCAGACGCGAGUUCACGACCCUCCAUAUCUGUGGAAGAUUCUUACUCUUCAAUGUUCUCUACCCCCGUGGAAGAUUCUUAUUCUUCAAUGCCCUCUACCCCUGUGGGGGAUGAUUCAAUGCCUUCCACACCUAUGGAGGACUCUUCGAUGCCCUUCACAUCUAUGGAAUAUUCUUCACGAGCCUCCACACCCGAGGAAGAUUCAAGAUCCUCUACACCUGGAGAAAAUUCUUCACGAUCCUCCACACCCAAGGAAGAUUCUUCAAAAACUCCCGCCCUGCCUGACUCGCUGAUGCGAAGGUAUGAGGAAUGCCUUGAUCGGCAGACCCAGGAGUGCGCCCCAAAGUCCGACCGCAUGAAGAUUGGCGAGAUUCUCGAGGAGCUUGAGGAGGAUAAUGAUGCGAUGUACAUCAUUGGUCUAGUUCAAAUGUAUAAGGGCCCAAAUGCAAAGAUCAAAGAUGAUUUAUAUGAAACUGGUGAAUUCGUUUUUGAUAUAAGCACUUUACCGGAUUCGACAAUGACGAUGAUCUGGAAAUAUCUGUCCAGGAGAGGUCUUCUUUGA